AGAGCAAGAAAUUAAUGGAAACUAAAACCCAAACCCCAACCAUGAAGAGAUCAUCUUCAUCCAACUCCGAUGCUCACACUCAACUCGACUCCCCCCAUUCCCCUCUCCGUUUCCACUCACCUCUCCGAUCCGACCAAGGUGACCCUCCGGAGACCCCACCUUAUGUCUCUCCGGUCGGCUCGCCGGAGAAGCCUCCUCCGGACAACUCCAAGGCUAUAGUAGCCGUCAACAAGUCCACUCAGUUCACUCCCUCCCCGUCUCCGUUGCAACCGCGUCUGCCAGAAAAUGCUGCGGCGGCUGCCAAGUCUCCGUCGCCGGUGGUGUUGUUCAAUCGAGCGGUGAGAGAGGAUGGCCCCCAAGGAACGACGAAAGUGGGGCCAGCAUCCGUCGGUGGAUCAGGUUCGAUGAAUUCGAUUCUGAGGAGGUCGAAAAUGGGGGAGACGGUGAAGAUGGCCGCCUUAGGUUUUAGGUUAAGCGAGUUUGUUUUGUGCCUUAUUUCGUUCUCUGUUAUGGCCGCUGAUAAGACGCAGGGAUGGAGUGGGGAUUCCUAUGAUCGCUACAAAGAAUACAGGUAUUGUUUAUCUGUCAAUAUUAUUGGAUUUGUAUAUUCUGGAUUCCAAGCAUAUAGCCUAGCGUACUAUAUGGGCAAAGGAAAGCAUUUGAUCCACCAGCACCUCUGUCGUCCGUUCGAUUUCUUCAUGGAUCAGAUGAAUAUUGAACUUUUCUGUUGGCAGUUCUCAACUCUAAUAAUAUCCUUCUUCUGCACAUGACUGAUUGGCUAUAUUGGCUUCAGUUUUGAAUUGGCAUGGCUUUCGACACCAUUGUCUUAUAUACUAUUUGAGAAUCGAAUCAAUUGGAAUCAAUUCUGCUUGAAUCAAACACCUCCCGCUGCUUUCUGUAAAAUAUAAAGCUUGGACCUGCCCAACUUGCAGUUACCAUAUGUUUUUUUUGAGCUAAUGCUCAAACCCACCAUACAGUUUACUAUAUUGCUACCUGCAUUUUGCAGAUAGUACUUGUUUUUUAAGUGAAAGCAGUGUUAAACUGAGUGCUGGGGGUCGAAAUUUUUUAUCAUAACAGAAACGAAUUGGAUCAUUUAGUUGUUUGCUGAGCUGGUAUCAUUUGU